AUGAAUUUCGACCGGAUGUUAGAGGAAUUGGGGCUGACCGAAUCCGCCUACGUUCUGGCCAUUCGGUCUGGUUUAAAAAGCGGCUGCCCCAAAGUUUUUCUUCUUCGUCGUUUGGCCGAUAUCGCUACUAAUAAUUACUUUGCCAAGGUCUUGGACAUGCACCAAGCCAACAUGGAUAUGCAAUAUAUAGUCGACGCGUAUAGUUGCGUCAGCUAUAUCGUCAACUAUAUUGACAAAUCCAGCAUGGGUAUGUCCAAGCUGAUGUCCGAGGCGGAGACGCACAUCAAAGCCGGCGACAUCGAAACCAAGGCAAAGUUGCGCAAAUUAGGGAAUUUGUUUUUGAAAUCGUCCGAAGUUUCGGUGCAGGAGGUCGCCUACCACGUAUCCGGUCUUCGGAUUACCAAUUCAUCGCGUAGCGACGUAUUCGUCAACACGUUUCCCUCUGACAAAUGUGUGCGCGUUGCCAAAGGGAAGGCGGCGUUAAGGGAAAUGGACGCUGCGUGUACGGAUGUUUUCGAAAGAAACAUCCUGGAUAGGUACGUCGAACGCCCGGAUUCGUUAGAGACCUUAUGCUUGGCACGUUUCGCCACCGAAUUCACGUUUUCUUCGAAAAAUGUCAGGGGAGCGUUACCUUUGCGUGACGAUAGCGGGUACGUAAAGAGGAUGGCUGCAAACGGCCGUCGCAACAUUUUUCGCUUCAGAAAUUACGGAAAGCUUUGCGAUCCGAUCAAUUUCUGUCACGAAAAUUUAAUGCUUUUCGUACCCUACAGACGAACAACGAGAUUUGAUACGUCGAAAACGGCGAAAUCAAGUCGCGUUAUUCGUCUUCUCGCCGACAUUCUUCGCGAAAAACGCGACUUCGUCAAAAUUCUUCAAGAGAUGGACGAGUUGGCCGAUCAAAUUGUCGACGAUGAUUCGCACCGACAAUUCCAUCGACACGACGACGACGCCGCCUACACCAUUACUAGUGACGUUAUUAUCGACGACACAACGCCGACGACAAUGACGACAUCCAUACAUGAAACACAAUCACCACCUACACCAAUACCACGACGAAAACGAACGAGGAAACCGCAACAGAAGCGGAAGCAACAAACUACUGUUAAAGCCGCUCCGAGUACUUCGACUAAAAACGUUAAUCCCAUAUCGUCGCAACUUUCUGUCGUAUUAGAUCCGUCCGUUAUUUCUCAAUAUUCACAAUCUUCAAAUACCAACAAGGUAAUGGUUCUCGAGAAAGGAAACACUCCGUCCGUUCUCUCCAUUUCCACCCGACAACGAAUUGUUACGCCGAGUAGAUGCGAUAGCAAUUCAUUUUCUAAAAAUUUGUUUAGUUCAUUAGUUCCAGUUGUCGCCGCUAAUUAUAAUAACAACAUCGCCGUUUAUUUAAUAGCGGCGUGGGUGUUGAAGGCGGUGAAUGUGAGAGCAGCAAAACCAAUCGUCCAAAAUUGGUUGACUAUGUAA